GAGAUAGAGAUAGAGAUCAGAGAGAGAGAGAGAGAGAGUCAGCGUGACCGCGUGGUUAUAAAAGGAGAGACAGUCUUAUACUUCCAUAUAUCGCAUAAAAGAAAGAAACCAAAGAAAGAAGUACUACCAUAACGUAUUAAUUUCCAACACCUGUGUGCUUCUGCUGCGCUCUCUUUAUCUUUAUUAGAAAACACACACACAGAAAAAGUAUAGUGUGUUUGUGUGUGUGUUUUCUUCAGCGUUUCUAGCUAACAAUGGAUGCUCUGAUGAACCGAGCGGGAUUCAGGGGUUCAGUGUGCGGUGAAGAAGAGAUUGAACAGUUGUCAAGGGAUGGUAGCCAUUACAGUCUUUCCACAGGGAUUUUGCCUUCCCUUGGAGCAAGAAGUUCACGCAGAAUCAAGCUCAGGAAGUUCAUUCUAUCGCCUUAUGACCGCCGUUACAGGAUUUGGGAGACUUAUCUUGUUGUUCUGGUCAUCUACACUGCCUGGGUGUCGCCAUUUGAAUUCGGAUUCCUUAGAAAACCACAGGGACCACUGGCAAUUGUUGAUAAUGUUGUCAAUGGAUUCUUCGCUCUGGACAUUAUUCUUACCUUCUUUGUAGCUUACCUCGAUAAAUUAUCAUACCUACUCGUCGACAAUCCGAAGAAGAUAGCUUGGAAGUAUGCAAAAUCUUGGUUGGCCUUUGAUGUCAUAUCCACAGUCCCUUCAGAGCUUGCUCGGAAGAUUUCCCCUCCAGCUCUUGGGUCCUAUGGCUUAUUCAACAUGCUUCGCCUUUGGCGUCUGCGAAGAGUUAGUGCCUUAUUUUCAAGAUUGGAAAAAGAUAGGAACUACAACUACUUUUGGGUUCGAUGUGCAAAACUAAUUUGUGUUACCCUUUUUGCGGUUCAUUGUGCUGGAUGUUUCUAUUAUCUUCUGGCAGCAACCUAUCACGACCCCAAAAGGACAUGGAUUGGAGCAACAAUGGGGGAUUUUCUUCAUAAGAGUUUGUGGAUUCGCUAUGUGACUUCAAUUUAUUGGUCCAUCACUACCCUAACAACUGUUGGCUAUGGUGAUUUGCACCCAGUGAAUACACGGGAGAUGAUCUUUGAUAUCUUUUACAUGCUUUUCAACCUUGGAUUGACUGCAUAUUUGAUUGGAAAUAUGACAAACUUGGUUGUUCAUGGGACCAGUCGAACAAGAAAAUUUAGGGAUACCAUUCAAGCUGCCUCAAGUUUUGCUCAGAGAAACCAACUGCCUAUUCGCUUGCAAGAUCAGAUGCUUGCACAUUUAUGUUUGAAGUUCAGAACAGACUCAGAGGGACUCCAGCAGCAAGAGACACUUGAUUCCCUUCCUAAAGCCAUCCAGUCAAGCAUUUCUCAUUAUCUUUUUUAUUCUCUUGUGGAUCAGGUGUACUUGUUUAAAGGGGUUUCAAAUGACUUGCUUUUCCAGCUGGUCUCGGAGAUGAAAGCCGAGUAUUUUCCUCCCAAGGAAGAUGUGAUCUUGCAGAAUGAAGCACCCACAGAUUUCUACAUACUUGUCACUGGUGCUGUGGAUCUACUGACCCUAAAAAAUGGAGAACAGGUUGUUGGAGAGGCAAAAACUGGUGACCUCUGUGGAGAGAUUGGGGUACUUUGUUAUAGGCCACAGCUUUUUACUGUGCGGACCAAAAGGUUGAGCCAGCUACUACGGCUGAACCGUACAACAUUCCUGAAUAUUGUUCAGUCCAAUGUUGGAGAUGGGACCAUAAUCAUGAAUAAUCUCCUUCAGCAUUUGAAAGACCUUGAUGACCCAAUAAUGUCAGAAGUUUUGGUGGAGACAGAGAACAUGCUAGCUCGUGGUAGAAUGGACCUACCUCUUAGUCUAUGCUUUGCAGCUCUUAGGGGAGAUAACUUGUUGUUGCAUCAGUUGUUGAAACGGGGCCUGGAUCCAAAUGAAUCAGACAACAAUGGCAGGACAGCUCUGCAUAUAGCAGCUUCCAAAGGAAGUGAGAAUUGUGUGCUUCUACUACUUGAUUACAGGGCAAAUCCAAAUAGUAGAGACUCGGAAGGGAAUGUGCCACUAUGGGAGGCAAUGCUGGGUGGUCAUGAAACGGUGAUCAAGCUGCUACUAGACAGUGGUGCAAAUUUACACUUUGGAGAUAGUGGUCAAUUUGCAAGCACUGCUGCUGAGCAAAACAACUUGAACUUGCUCAAGGAGAUAAUUCGUUAUGGAGGAGAUGUCACGUGUUCUAAGAUGGAUGGAACCACCACGGCUCUUCAUGUUGCAGUUUGUGAAGGCAACAUUGAGAUAGUCAAGUUCCUUUUGGAUCAGGGUGCUGAUAUUGACAAACCAAACUCUGAUGGUUGGACCCCAAGGACACUAGCUGACCAACAAGGACACGAAGACAUUAAAACCAUUUUCGAAUCUAGUAGAGAGUCAAAAUCUCAAUCCAUCAUUCCAAUUCCAGAGAAGCGGAAUGGGACUCGUUUCCUUGGGAGAUUUACUAGUGAGCCAACAAUGUGUCCAUUAUCCCAGGAAGGCUCAUUCCCUGGUGCAACAGAUGGAUCAUGGACCCAAUCCCGUCCAAGGCGUAGAUCAAAUAAUUUCCACAACUCACUGUUUGGCAUAAUGUCAGCUGCUCACACCGAGGAGAGAGACAUUCUAUUCCCUGUUACAAGAAGUCCUAGAAACCAAGGAGGUAAUUCUGCUAGAGUGACUAUUAGUUGUCCAGAAAAGGAACUAGCUGGAAAACUGGUGUUACUUCCAGGGACUUUUAAGGAACUGCUUGAGAUUGGUGCUAAGAAAUUUGGAAUUGUUCCCACUAAAGUCCUAAGCAUAAGUGGAGCUGAAAUUGAUGGUAUUGAGGUCAUUAGAGAUGGUGAUCAUCUUAUUUUUGUCAGUUAUGUUGAAACUCAAGAACCUAACAGCAAAGGCACUCAAAUUAAUGGGUAUUUGUAGUAGUUUUAGGAUAUUCAUAGUUGGAAUUUCCUUGUCUUCAUGCAAGUCCUUGUUUCGAUCUUGGGUGGAUAUGUGGGUCACAAUAAGGUAACUACCUUUUCUUUAUGUUGCUUUUUGCUCAUUUUAGCAUCAUUCAACGAUGGUAGUUGAGUGUAUCAUAUAUAUAUAUAUAUAUAUAUGUGUGUGUGUGUGUGUGUGUAAAGGGUGGCAGUUGAGUGGUUCUCACAUGCAAGUCAAGGUGACAGCAAUGUAAAGAUUUUUUUUUUCUUUUUUAA